UGCCGUUGUCAUGGUUGUCCUCUUCAUUUUACCGUUUCUGGUUUUUAUUUCUGCACCAGCAGCGCUAGAAAUUAAAGCUGGGAAUGAAAUUUCCAGAUUGAAAUCAUUAACGGGAAUUCAGAACAGCCAUCACCACAAAGAUACAGCGCACGACCACUUUACUUGUCCUACUAAUCAAGGACGAUUUGCUCAUCCUAGUGACUGCGCCCUGUACUACGAAUGCAAGAACGGAUGGCCCACCUUGAAGAAGUGCCGGAACAACCAAUUGUAUGAUGAAGAGAAAAGACAGUGCAAAGAUAAGCGGCGUGUUCAGUGCUACAAGGAUAACCAGGAUCAGGAUGACAAAGAUGUAAGCAAAGAGCUGGAUUUCAAAUGUCCUUAUAUAUGGGGCUCCUUUCCCCAUCCCGUGGACUGCUCAAAAUAUUACUUGUGCGUCUACAACGUCCCAGCCUUACUCAGCUGCGAAAAAUCGGAGCUCUAUCAUGAGAAAGCCCGGAAAUGUCUAGAUAAAAGGAAAGUGAAUUGUGGAUCUAGACUGGACAGAGAUGAAAUGCGCACAAGCAGGAAACCAAGCACUAAAUACCACACGACAACAACGACUACCAUCCGAUCCACUGAUUGGCGAACUACAUCGUCCCCUCUAACUACCAUCGAUCAUCAACGAUUUCACUGCCCGUUCAAGUACGGACGUUAUCCUGAUCCACAGGACUGCUCUCGCUUUUAUGAGUGCUCCUUUUUCAUCCCCAAUCACCAUCACUGCCCCCGCUCCCUGUUGUAUGACGAACACAGAGAAGAAUGUCGGGAAGCAGAAAACGUACGAUGCGGUAACAGGCCAGGAGGCAUCAAAGAAGAAGAAAAGGAAGAACUCAAGUGCCCUUACACUUGGGGAACAUUUCCACACCCCCGAGAUUGUGCCAAGUACAUUAUUUGUGUCUACAACGUACCAUCUUUAUUCACUUGCAGGAAGGAGGAACUAUUUGAUGCAUAUUUCAGGAGAUGUCGACCAAAGGAUCAAGUGGACUGCGAUAACAGAAUCGAUCCCAAUGAUUUAACCAAGCCACCAACAACAACGAAAACAACCAGACCUUUUACAAAAACCACAAAGUACUUCACAAAAACUACUGGAACCACGAGAUUUACCACAAGGAAGCCAUUUACAAAAACAAGCUUGAUAACCACCCCUUCUACAAAAAUAGUUAGCACAACCAAACCUGUAACAGACACAGUUUGGACAACCAGACUCUUCACUUCAUCUUUAGCUGGAUCUUCAAGUACAGCUACAAUCAUUACUUCAACAAAGGCUCCAACAACUGAAGAGACUAGAUGGACUUCGACUACAAAGCCAUCAACAACUAUCCCACCAACCUCUGAGAGUUACGAUUUUUCAACUACGGAAUCGCCCACAGUUACUACACUUAACUCAAAAUUACCGACAACUGCUACAGAUACCUCUACAGAAUAUCCAAAUACUAACACCCCAUCAGAAACUCCAAACACAGUUACUGAUAUUGUUACAGAGCAUCCAAUUACUGAUGUACCAACAGAAAUAUCAACUAAUAAGGAAGAUGAAACAACUACAGAACUUUCAACUGUUGUAAGUGAGAAAAGUACAAAAGUUUCCAGCACAGAAAUUCCACCUACUACAAUGACUAAGGAAGAUUCAACCAUUUACUCAACGACGAAAAUUCCAGUUUCUACAGAGCUAACUACAGAUACUUCAGUUAUAACAACUUCGACAGCAGAAAUCCCAUCUACUACAAAAGCAACUACAAGAAUGUCAACUGAAAGACCCACAACGAUAAUUCCGGAGAUUACAAAGGCGACUACAGAAAGUUCAACUGGUACACCACCACCAACUUCCAGCAGUACUUCGGAAGUCUCAACUGAUGCAUCAUUUACUUCAGAUCAAACAGACACAACUCGUACCAAACAAACAUCUGUGACCAGUGUUACUGAUACGAUUACGACCUCAAUGAUGACUACGGAUUAUGAAACAAAACCAACAGAAUCCUCCACCAGGAUGGUGACGAAAGUCAACACACCUCCAGGUACGGAUUGUGAUGAAGACGAUAUUGAUUGCAUUGUCGAUGAAACAGGUGACGUGGAGAAUUGGUUUAAGUGUCCGAAGCGGUACGGACACUUUCCACACCCUAGCAGCCGGCAAUUAUUCAUCCAUUGUGACAACUGGCAUCCAUUCUUGAAAUCGUGUGCAGAUGAAACGAUGUUUUCUCCAAAAUACUUAGUUUGUAUGUGGGUUGACGAAAAUAAAGGCAUUACAGAGUAG